GUGAUAAUAUGGCGCAAGAUCUAUAAAAAUGGUGAAUCAAUCAACAUUUAAAAAUGUUAUGCCUAAAGUUUCCUCGCCUUUAUUAAAGCAAAUGCUUGUUGCAAUGUCUUGCAACAUGUUCUGCCUCAUAACUGGAUGCACGUUUGGGUUCACCGCCGUUCUUCUGCCGCAGAUUAAGAAGGACGAUGAGUUUCCUUACAGUGACACCUAUGACUCAUGGAUUGCUUCGAGUUCUUGCCUCGCAAUGGCAGUAGGCUGCUUCGCUGGAGGCCUCCUCUCCGACAGAUACGGGAGAAGAAUCACGCAUCUCAUCGUGGCAAUGCCUUUCUUGGCCGGAUGGAUCGUCCUGGCCUUCGCGAAAAACGUCCUAGCCCUCCUCAUUGGAAGAGUUCUCACAGGACUGAGUUCUGGCGUCUUUCGGUCCUUAGGCGCGAUUUACCUCGGAGAAAUAUUUCUGCCCGUCACUGUACAUUAUAAAGGUGCUUACACAUUGAUGGAUAUACGAUUUCCUAAAUACAGUCUAACAGAAAGGCAAUCUACUUCAGACGACUACAACUUACUGUAAGAGAAAUAAAAGGAUAAUUUGUUUCUGCUAUAGAUCCCGACUUCUUAAUAUUUAGUUAUUUUAACUUUAAAAAUAUUCAACAGUUAACGUUAUUAAUGGAAAAAGAUUUUAAUGUUUGUGCAAUAUUUAUUUUUACUUGCAAAAAUAAGUAAAUUGUAAUAAUGAUGAUAUUUUUCGAACUGUGUAGUGUUUUAAUAAGUUUUUGCUUUUCUACCACUAUUAAUAUUUUUUCUAUAAAAUCCUGAAUGCAGAACAUCUCAAAAAAUUAAAAUCGUGUCUAUAGCAGAUAACUAUUGUAUAUGAACAAAAAUUUACCAGUGUAAAAGGCGUACACUUAUUUACAAAACCCAGCCUUUAAGAUCCACCUACAAAGCACCAGUCUAAGUCGGAAACAAACCAAAUAUAUUAA